UGAUGAAAAGGCCCCUCAAUUUAAAGCCCCAUAAAAACCUUCCGUGGAUAGAACCCAACCUUUGACUAGCCCUUCCUGUCGUCUCUCCCCUUCCUUCCUCUUCAUCCUUGCAUCUUUGUGACAAACACAAACUCUUUGAAUCACUGAGUGAUGAUCGAUUUUCUCCAACCAAGAGAAUCAAAUUCCAUGGAAUCCAAAUUCCGUCCAUCUCACCCACUCUUCUCCACCAUCCUUACUCUAUACAUUCUAUUCCUCCUCUAUUCCCCUCCCCCCUUCCUCGGCCUCCUCCUCUCCCCGGUUCUCCCCCUCACCAUCGUCCUCCUCCUCACCCUCCUCCGGUUUGGCUCAGUUCAAAAACCCCGACCCAAGACCGCGAAGCCCCAAGAACCAUGCCCGGAUGAUGAUCAUCCCGAGACUGCAACGACCCAACCCGGCAAGGAGAUCGAGGUCCCCUUCAUCGGCUGGGACUUAAAGGCGCCGCUGGAGGUCAUAUACGAGGAAUACGAGGGCGAAGGGGAGGAUGACCUGGACCAGGUUAGUGACCUGAACCGUGGAUGUGGCGAGAGGGGAGAGGUCCAGUUCACUCGGAUUGAGAGGUGGCCGUCUCUCUCGCAGUAUUACCCGGAGUCAGAUUCAGACUCGGAUUCAGAUGCCUCGUGGGCCGGCGAAUUCCCAACGAUCGGGGACUGGGUCUUGCCGGAGGAGGAAUUUGGGUUCGGGUGUGCCGACCCAGAAAGGGAUGGGCUGAUUGAGAUCCAGUUGGACCGGCACCAUGCCGGUGCCGAGAAGAAGUGCGAGAAUUUGGAUUUCCAUGGAGAGGAGGAGAAUUUGAUAGAGAUCGACAUCUCGCCUCCGGUGAGGAUCGGGGAGUUUCUCACCGGGAAAAAGAGGGAUGCACGGCUGUACGAUGAGGGUCACGUAACGUUCAAUUGAUUUGGAAUAGUUAAUUAACGGUAAAUACUACUGAUGCUUAUCCUUUUUCUAAAAAAAACUUUUUAAAUUUUUUUUUGGAUAGAGUGGAAGAGAUUAGAGAUGUGAAGUUUUGGCCUUAUAUGGAUGGUUUUUCGUGUCUUGGGGCACCAUUUUGUAUGAUAACAAUGUCGCAAGUACAAGUUGUAAACCAAAUGAUUCUAGGAGCUUUUUGAGGACCCUCGAUUGCUAUAAUCAUGGAACGAUGUCAAUCAAAUGUCCAGAAAAUAAUUGGGAUUCAAGGGUGCCUUAAAUGACAACUUAUUCUUGACUAUGAUA